AACGGGGGAACUUUGCGACAGUUAAUGUCGUUGCCCUGUCCGCAUGCGCAGUCUUUCUCAAAGCAGACAAAAUGGCGGCGCCCGUGGACCUUGAGCUGAAAAAGGCAUUUACUGAACUUCAAGCUAAGGUAAUUGAUACACAGCAAAAGGUGAAGCUGGCAGAUUUACAGAUAGAUCAGCUGAACAGGACGAAAAAGCAUGCACAUCUGACUGAUGCAGAGAUUAUGACUUUGGCUGAUGAAACGCGAAUGUAUGAAGGGGUUGGAAGAAUGUUUAUCCUUCAAUCCAAAGGAGUAAUUCACAACCAGCUCUUAGAAAAGCAAAAAAUAGCAGAAGAGAAAAUUAAGGAAUUGGAGCAGAGGAAGUCAUACCUGGAGCGGAGUGUGAAGGAAGCUGAAGAUAAUAUCCGGGAAAUGCUAAUGGCUAGAAGAGCACAGUAAGCCCCUCCAUUUCAGCAGUACCUGCCUACUUCUUACAUUUGGACUGAAUAGUGAAAAGCAGCACAUGCUGUAAACACUGGCUAUAGACCUUUGUAUGUUGAAGACAUGAUGAACUUGGAUUAUGUGGCCAUGUCACAUGAAAACCAAUAAAUUCUACCUAGAUCACA